GCGAGAUGGCGCCUGAGGUGCUGCCAAGUGCGAGGUGGUUGUACUGUGGCGAGCCCGAGGAGAGUCAGAAAGCUGUGCUGGUCCAGUUCUCCAAUGGGAAGCUGCAGAAUCCAAGCAACAUGCGCUUUACCUUGUACAAGAGUCAAGACUCCACAAACCCCAGGAAGAGGAGUCAGCGGAUCUUGGCAGCAGAGACAGACAGACUUUCCUAUGUGGGGAACAAUUUUGGGACUGGAGCCCUGAAAUGCAACGCUUUGUGCAGGCACUUUGUGGGAAUCUUGAACAAGACCUCUGGCCAAAUGGAAGUAUAUGAUGCUGAAAUGUUCAACAUGCAUCCACUGUUUUCUGAUGAAUCAAUUGACAGUGAUCUGGCAUCGCAGAGUCAGACCAAAACCUACAGAGAAAAGAUGGAUUCUUGUAUUGAAGCCUUCGGGACCACCAAGCAGAAGCGAGCUCUGAACUCCAGGAGAAUGAACAGAGUUGGCAAUGAAUCUUUGACUCUUGCUGUAGCCAAAGCCGCAGAGAAUAUCAUUGAUACAAAGGGGGUGACUGCUCUGGUCAAUGAUGCCCUCCAUGAUGACUUGCCAGAUGACUCCCUCUACCUGCCUCCCUGCUACGCGGAUGCAGCCAAGCCUGAAGAUGUGUAUAAAUUUGAAGACAUUCUUUCCCCUGUGGAGUAUGACGCUCUUAAAAGCCCAUCUGAAACCUUCAGGAACGUCACCUCAGAAGAAAUACUGAAGAUGAUUGAAGAAAACAGUCACUGCUCCUCUGUCAUUGAAGCAUUGAAGUCCUUGCCAUCAAACGAGGAGAGCAGAGACCGCCAGGCCCGAUGUAUUUGGUUCUUGGACACCCUCAUCAAAUUUCGAGCUCAGAAAGUGAUUAAGCGGAAAAGUGCCCUGGGACCUGGAGUUCCGCACAUCAUCAACACCAAACUCCUGAAGCAGUUUACUUGCUUGACCUACAACAACGGCAGUUUACGGAACUUAAUUUCGGAUUCAAUGAAGGCAAAGAUUACGGCGUAUGUGCUGGUGCUCGCCUUGCAUAUAUACGACUUCCAGAUUGACCUGACGGUGUUACAGAGGGACUUGAAACUCAGUGAGAAGAGGAUAAUAGAGAUAGCAAAAGCCAUGAGGCUGAAGAUCUCAAAAAGACGGGUGUCCAUGACAGCCGACCAGGAAGAGGAGCACAGACUGGGCACUCUGUCGAUCCCGCUGCCACCAGCCCAGAGCUCAAACCGCCAGUCAAAGCGGAAGAGAGUCAACUAGUUGUCUGCUUCCCACACGGAACAUUUCUGCCACAUCGAAACCCAC